UUGGCUUAUGUACUUACCAAAACGUGGCAAUUUGUUCGAACUCUAUGAUCCAUUGCAUCAGAAGAUGUACACAUUGAAUCUACCUGAGCUUGCCAAAUCUACGGUUUGUUACUCAAGAGAUGGAUGGUUACUAAUGCGUAAAACCAUUUCAAGAGAAAUGUUCUUCUUCAACCCGUUUACUCGUGAGCUCAUAAACGUACCAAAAUGUACUUUAUCAUAUGAUGCGAUCGCUUUCUCUUGUGCACCUACAUCAGGUACUUGCGUGUUGCUAGCAUUUAAGCAUGUUUCGUAUCGUAUCACCACUACGAGCACUUGCCAUCCCAAAGCAACCGAGUGGGUUACUGAGGAUCUACAAUUCCAUCGUCGCUUCCGCAGUGAAACACUUAACCACAGCAAUGUUGUCUAUGCCAAACGUCGCUUCUAUUGCCUUGACGGUCAAGGAAGCUUAUAUUACUUUGAUCCGUCUUCUCGAAGAUGGGAUUUUAGUUACACCUAUUUACUGCCAUGUCCUUAUAUCUCGGAUAGAUUUAGUUACCAGUAUGAGCGGAAGAAGAAGAGAAUUUUCUUGGCUGUGCGGAAAGGAGUGUUCUUUAAGAUAUUUACAUGUGAUGGUGAGAAGCCGAUAGUGCAUAAGUUAGAAGAUAUCAAUUGGGAGGAGAUCAAUAGUACUACGAUUGAUGGAUUGACAAUCUUUACGGGUCUUUAUUCCUCUGAGGUGAGACUUAAUCUACCAUGGAUGAGGAAUAGUGUUUACUUUCCUAGACUUCGUUUUAAUGUCAAGCGUUGUGUAUCAUAUUCGCUUGAUGAAGAGAGGUAUUAUCCGCGGAAGCAGUGGCAAGAACAGGAGGAUUUAUGUCCUAUUGAGAAUCUUUGGAUUAGGCCACCGAAGAAAGCUGUAGAUUUCAUGUGAAGAUAAAAGUAAUGGCCAAGCUUGGUUAUGGUGGAAGAGUAAGAUCAUCUCAAUUAUCUUAGGACUCAACUCUUGGUUAUGGUUGAAGCUUUUUAUUUGUUUAACUGC